CAUUUUACCCUUGUUCUUACCAUUUUACUUGUCCUUUAACUGCUUAUUUCUCUUUACUUAUAUUUGUCUAUAAUUUUAUAUCCAAGUUCAAGACACUAUAUAUAUCUACUGAAAUUCUUUUAUUUGUGUAGUAAUAUUAUUUCAUUUUGUUAUUAUAUAUAUAAACAAUGCCGAGUCAGUAUGAAGAAGAACGUGCUUGGGAAGCAUCCAACCACAAUGUCCACAAUCAGUAUGAGGAAGAAGGAAAUGAAGAUGUCAUUGAAAACCCUGAUGAGGUGCUACAGGAAUGCUUGGAAAAAUUCAAAACUCCUGAUUAUAUAAUGGAACCUGGUAUUUUUGGACAACUAAAACGUUACUUUCAAGCAGGAGGUAACCCAGAGCAAGUUAUUGAACAAUUGUCUAUUAAUUAUAGUGCAGUGGCACAAAUGGCGAAUUUAUUAGCUGAAUGGCUUAUACUCGGAGGUGUAAAAGUAACAGAAGUUCAAGCAAUGGUAGAAAACCAUUUAAAAGAUAUGAUUCUUAAAACAUUCGAUCCUAAGAAAGCAGAUACAAUAUUUACUGAAGAAGGUGAAACACCAGCAUGGCUAACGGAAAUGAUUGAACAUCCAACUUGGAGAUCUUUAAUUUAUAGAUUAGCAGAAGAGUAUCCUGACUGUCUUAUGCUUAAUUUUACCAUUAAGCUCAUUUCAGAUGCUGGUUUUCAAGGAGAAAUAACUAGCAUAUCUACUGCUGCGCAACAAAUUGAAGUAUUUUCCAGAGUUCUUAAAUCUGCCAUUGUAGGAUUUUUACAAAGUUCUGAUGAUUGGCAAAAUAGUGUAAAUGAAUGUGCUAAAAUGGUUUGUCAUGGUGCUCACACGUAUGUGUACAGUCAAGUUAUAGUACACAUACUAUCUCAGGAGCCGAGAGGAGGUGCUAUUAUGAAAAGACUUAGUCAAGAAAUAACUCGUUGUGCUCAACAAAGCGGACACGACGUGACGCCCAUAACUCUGGCGCUGACAGCUGGCGAGAGCUGGCGUAACGCUCGCACAGCGCUCGCUGCAAUGCUGUCGCGAGGCGCUCUCAAUCCUGCAGAUAUAUCGGUACUGUUCCGAGCGUACAUGCAACCGGAGCCACCACCAGUUCAUCUACUACGCAUACCUCAGUUUUUAGAACUACUAGUGGACUCACUUUUCAAGCUUGGCAGCAAAUUAAAUCCUGAACAUAAAUCCAAAUACAUGUAUCUACUGGCAUAUGCUGCUAGUGUAUGUGAGGGAGUGACGCCAGGAAGGCCUGUCAAGGAUGAACUUAAAGCGACUGUGCAGGCUAUAGAAAAAGUGCACACUGUAUGUAACAGUUCUGCCAGCUCAAGUGAAUUAAUUGCCGAAUUACCUACAUUAUAUCAUUGCAUAAGGUUUCCAGUCGUCGGUAUGGGCGUUUUAGUAUGGGUAGAAUGUGUUGUGACAGAACCUUCCUAUUUCAAGCUUUGUACAGAACACUGUCCAGUGCAUUUAGCAUUGUUAGAUGAAGUAGCCUCAUGCCACCAAUUGCUACACCAUAGACUAUUAAGGUUACUUGUGCAGUUAUUUGAAUCACCACAAGAUGAAUUGGAAAUUCUAGUUCAGUUGGAAUUGAAAAAAAUGUUACUUGACCGCAUGGUAAACUUAUUAAGUCGAGGUUGUGUAGUGCCAGUAUUACGAUACAUCAAGCAAUGUUGGCAACGUGGGGAUACAGACAUUUCCCUUAUAAGAUAUUUCAUCACUGAGGUACUAGACGCUAUAGCCCCACCGUAUACUCCUGAAUUUGUGCAACUUGUUCUACCGAUGGUCGAGAACGAAGAGAUUACCGGCACAAUGAGAGCGGAAGGCGAAAACGACCCCGUAUCCGAAUUCAUAGUUCACUGUAAGGCGCAUUAUGUCGUUUGAAUCACUCUACAACUAGAAUAAUGUACCUUAUAAGUAAAUUUCAACUAUAGUUCGUAUCUAAUUAAAUUUUAUGUUGUAUUUAUAUAAUAUAUUAUUUAUUAAAA